AUGAGCUCAAACACAUCUGGCCAUCAGCCAUUGGUUGGUUGGCAAGAUAGCAGCGAUGACAGAGGAUCUCUCGACGUCUUAUGGUCCUGUCUUGUUACAUUGCUAUUAUGCGCCUGGGUCUCUACGUACCCUAAUGCUGGCUCGCCUCACGACAAAUGGUACCACCCGCUUCUCGAUAAGUUUAAUCUCGCCAUUAUCACGUUUCUUGGUCCGGAUUUUCUUUUCGGUAUCGCUUUGGGGCAAUUCUCUAGUGCUCGAUUAAGUGUCAAGGCUUUUAAGAGAGACAGUCACUUGAGCAGGGGUCAAAAAUGGAAGCUCAUACAUGGUUUCUUUGUGGACAUGGGCUGUCUUCAUCUCACAGCGCCUGACUACUCUACCGCCGAUUGCAAGAGCUUCCCAAUCGACGCUAAACAAUUCCACUACCUCGUUAAACACGGUUUUGUCGAAUUCCCAGACAUAGAUAAGCUAGAGAUCAAGGAGCGUAAUUCGGUGGAUACACUCUCACGCAUUAUUACGGUGUUUCAAGCCGCAUGGUUUACUAUCAAGGAACUUGCACGUAUCCAUAAAGGGUAUCCGAUCUCAACCUUGGAGUUAACAACACUAUCCUUCUGCUUUAUCACAUUCGUGAUAUCGGUUCUCUGGUAUCAUAAACCCUCUAUUUCCAAACCUCAAUUUAUCACCACAAAAGACAAUAUCACUGUCGAGGAAAUUCGUGAGUAUGCUAGAUGCAAUACCCAUCCUGGGCUUCAAGUCGAUUAUUAUCGAACUCCUUUGGACUUCAUCAGCCGAAGACAGUUCGGCAUAGACGCUCAUUGGAGAUAUUAUGUCUCACUAGCACAUAAGCUGCGAAUAAAUUUUGUAUCUCGACCCGUUUCCCGAACGCCUUGGGAUCGAGUACCUUCAGACAUCUGGCUAAUCCCCGAGCCGUGGUUUGCCCCAGGAGCGGCACUGAUCUUGAUCGGCUUCAGCGUCAUAUUCGUCCUCGCAUGGAACUUUCAGUUCCCAACUGCCUCAGAGCAGCUUUUGUGGAGGAUCUGCAGUGCUUACCAUGCUGCGUUCAGUAUCUACGGAGGAGCCUACUAUGCGGUUGAGAUGUUCAAACCUAGCAAAAGACAAAAGACAGCACCGAUAGCUCAGCUCAGCAGCCAACUCAGGACCAACAGUAUGGAGUCCAUUGAGAUGGAGUCCCAGCGCCGAGUCACCUUUGGACGGCGUAGGUUCUUGCGCUUUGUUGAGCGAGCUAGGGUUUGGAGGAAUCUAUCAGAGGACCAGGAUCCGGAAAUGGAAGUUCCUCUUCGGGUGAUCAUCCCAAUCACAUUCACUUGUUUUGUAUACUGCCUUUGUCGUUUUUAUAUCUACAUCGAAGACUUGAUCUCACUACGGUUACAACCUGCGGAGGUGUACUUGACAGUAAAUAGGUAUUUACCAUUCCUGCCUGGAGGAUUAUAG